CGCAUGUCCAGCGCGGGGCAUCGUCGCUAUAAGUAAGGAAGUAAAAUGGCGGACCUGGCAAACGAAGAAAAACCUGCCAUAGCUCCUCCAGUCUUUGUGUUUCAGAAAGAGAAAGCCCAGAAGAGAUCAGCUGAUGGGUCCAGUGCAGAAGAUGGUGAUGGUGAGUCUGGAUUUGUAAGGCAGAAGAUGGGCAAAAAUACAUCGAAAUGUAUUUUGAUAAAAAAUAUCCUAUUUGUAAGUGUGUCAAAAUAAAACUAUAAAAUAAUCACCCAGUAAAGUAUCAAAAUAAACUACAGUAUUUUGAUUUUAAUAAAUUCAAAAAUACAUUUCAUGUAUUUCUGUGCUGUAUCAGCCUGUUCCUUCACAAGCACACUGACUCAAAUGGCUAAGCAGAGGAGCAACAUUUUUUGAGUACUUGACUUCAUUUGUAUUGUCUUAAGUAAAAUCAGAUAUUCUGAAGUAUCUUAAAUAUAUUCCAACUACGCACAUGAAAACAUAAUAAAAAAAAAAUUGACAAAACCGCUUCCUUUUUUGUACCACAGAUGAAAAUUCAAAACGACAAUAUUUAAAAUGGAAAAUGACAAACACGAUUUAAACACCUCUCAGCAAUAUCUGAAUCUUAAGAUACGAAUAGACCUGAAUGUAAUUUGUAAGUCUUUUGGUUCGACACAAGUGAUCAGCUGUUGGCUCUUAUCGCCUUUCAUUAAAAUAUUUGGAAACGCUAAACUUUUAGCGUUUAGCACACGUGACUUAUUGCUUCUCUAUUAUGGGGGCAGUAUUUCUUGUACUUACAAAAAUAAUGCACAUUAAAGUGUUUUUUUAUGGAACAAGUGAAAUGCAAAAUUGUAUUUUGUAAUUUGUGUUUAAUAUAUAUUUGAAAUAGUCAGUCCUGCGUCAACGUGACUAAUACAUCUCCGAAAAACCUCAAAUACACGCAUCCAAUGGUAAAAUAAGCUUAGAGGGAUUGCAAUUCCAAAAUUUAUUAACCCGCACCAAACAAAAUGAAUUGCAUAAUAAAAUUAAUACUGGUGGCCAAUAAUGUAAUUACAUGAAUUUUAAAUAGGAAAAAAUACAUUAAGAAAUUUGCAUCAUUAACAUCUCCUGUGGGUCUUAUGAGUGUCGCAUUAAUUGCCUAGUAAGUACUUCAACCAAACGUGCCGAACUCACUAACUUGUCCAUUGUUGAGAGUCGGGAGUAGUGAGCCACAGCCACCAUGCAGCCAGGCAUGCACGCAGCAGAAAGACAACUGAUUAUGAUAUGCAGAGGGGCACCAUGCGGCCAGGCAUGCACGCAGCAGAAAGACAACUGAUUAUGAUAUGCAGAGGGGCACCAUGCGGCCAGGCAUGCACGCAGCACAGAGACAACUGAUUAUGAUUCAGACAAAGAUGAUGGUGGUCCGCCGGUGAAGAGAGAGAGAACAUCCUCCUUAACGCAGUUCCCGCCAUCACAUUCUGUUUCCAAGAACAAUGUUUUCAUGCCAUCAAGUUUAUGUCAGUCGCCAUCUGGAAAUUCUGACUCUGAACCUGAAGAGAAGUCUUUCGGAUUCCGUCUGAAGCCCCCGACACUGAUCCAUGGGCAGGCUCCCAGUGCAGGGGUCCCAAGCCAAAAGCCCAAGGAGCAGCAGCGCAGUGUGUUACGCCCUGCCGUCCUCCAGGCUCCGCAGCCCAAGUCUUUCAUCCUGUCCACAGUUCCAGACUCUAACAGCGGGACAAACGGAGUGAGUAAGUCCUCCGAGGGGAAGGCCGAGGGGCAGCUGACCUCACGGAGCACCGCGGAGAGCUUGGAUGGCGUUUCAGAGGGGACGGCCAAAUCGCAGGUGGAGCAGAAUAGUGAACAUCUGGAAAUCAAAGAGAGCUGUUCUGUAGCAAGCGAAUCACAGUCGGGGGAGACUAACUACUUCUUACAGUACAUCAGCCCCCCCAGCUCAAAGAAGGUCUCUGACAAUGCCGAUUCAGGAUCAAAAUUUAUUUUUGGACAGAAUAUGUCUGAUCGUGUUCUGAGUCCCCCAAAGUGUAAUGAGUCGCCAGCAGAGGGCAGCAGAGAGUUCCCGGCUGCUCCAGGAUGUGAGACUACCUCAAAGGAUGCCACGCCUGAAAAAGCUAAUAGCGUAGCUGAGUCUUUGGAGGAGUCUGCAGCAGCCUACACUAAAGCCACAGCCAAGAAGUGCUUGUUAGAGAAGGUGGAAGUCAUCACUGGAGAGGAGUCUGAAAGCAACGUCCUGCAGAUUCAGUGCAAGUUAUUUGUGUUUGACAAGACGUCCCAGUCUUGGGUGGAAAGGGGCCGCGGCCUGCUCCGCCUCAAUGACAUGUCGUCUACUGAUGUCGGGACCCUGCAGUCGAGAUUAGUAAUGCGAACCCAAGGAAGCUUGCGUCUGAUCCUCAACACGAAGCUCUGGGCCCAGAUGCAGAUCGAUAAGGCCAGUGAGAAAAGCAUCCGCAUCACCGCUAUGGACACUGAAGACCAGGGGGUCAAAGUCUUCCUCAUAUCGGCAAGUUCAAAGGACACCGGGCAGCUGUACGCCGCUCUCCACCACCGCAUCCUGGCCCUGCGGAGCCGCGCCGAGCAGGAAGCCGAGACCAAGGCGCUUGCCCCGGAGACAGAGGUGCCCCCAUCCAAUGAGGACGACAGUGACGAAGACGACAUCGCCCCCGCAACCGGCUCCACCCCAGCCAGUGGCCCCCCGGAGGCUGGCGAGAGCGCAGAAGCCCCCGCAGCCGGCAGCACAUAGCACCCCCUGUCUGCAUGCCAGGACACUGCGGCUGGCACAUUGCAGGCGAGGCACCGCAAGGGACUCCUCUCUCCAGUCCAAUCUUUUGGUAGUAGCCUAGAAGAGACGGUCCACGCCGGAUGUUUGACGGCUGAGCAGUUUAUUCUCUCUGCGUUCAUAGUAAACCAGGGUGAUUAUUUUUAUUUUUGUUUACUGAAAUCUCAGACCCCUCCCCCUUCCCAGCAUUGGUUGAGGACUUUGCAUACUCAUCAUAUUGAUGAGCUAGAGGGUGCCCUGUAGAUGGAUUUGGGUCCCCCGCCCCUUCCCAGUGUGAGGUUAUGCACAUUUUAAGACUUGUUCCUGUUUAUGAUCAGAUCGCAUUAUUUGGCAGGAGAACGGAGACGUGGGACUUGCAGCAUGACUCAAAAUCAUCACCUGCCGCAAUUUUGUUGUGAACUUACUUUGUAAUUUGCAUAUUAUCAUUCAUUGAAUGACCUCUGUUACAUGAUUACAUGGUUAAUUCUAAUGUUGCAUAUUCCCUAGCUAUACUGCUUAGUCACUUUUUGGCAACUGGUUUAAUUUCACACUGUUAAAAAAAAUUAGGACAAAUAAAACUUGUCAAACUCUUUUUUUCCAGUUGGUCUAUGCACAAACGGUCAAAACACCAAUUUCGUAAUGAAAAUGUUACACUGUGUCUAGUAUCUGACGUGCUAACGCUCGUGUGCUGAUUUGGUUUCUGCUUGUGUAUUGUCUGCUCUAAAAUUUGUACAUUUGAUCACCAGUUUGGAAUUGGUGUGAAUUUUUUUGUGAAUUUUUGCCCAAUUCUUUAGGACAUUUUCAAUCUUUUUGCAACAUUAAAUGUUCUGUGUUGAGUACUUUUCAUUUAGCGUUCAAUUUUUUUUUUUUUUUUAUUAUACGACGGUCAUCUAUCAAUAACACGCACACUUUCACACGCGAUGUCUGAUACGCGUGCUUGUGUUUUGAAGCUUUUUUUAAAAAUCCACUUGCAGGGGUGUGAGGUUCUCUGCUCAGAAUGUGGUUGGACGUCGGAUUCAGCAAUGCAGUUAAUGCAGUAGCUACCCUCUCUCUAAAGCGUGAACUGCAUUCUGCAUUCAGAGGCUUUCCCUGCUGGUGCAACCUCAUUGAUUUGUGCAUCGCGUAAUGAUCCACUGUGAUGGUGAGAUUCAAGCUGAUUGGAGAAAGUGCUCUGUGAUUCCUGAGUAAACUGUUCGAACAACUUAAUGGACCUCGUGAUAACUUCCGCUUAUGUUACUCUAGCUUUUGUCUGAUUAGGCAGCAUUCCUGGAGCAUCCCUUAACAUUUUUGCUGUUGAUGCUGUGAGCGCUGUGGUGACGGAUGUUGUCAGGAGAGGGCGUAAUGGGCCGGAACAAACCCAGGACGUGCACAUAGGUCUGGAGUUGUACAUGGAUAUGCUGAGACGUGCUAUUAGAGAAGCACUCGUUAAGAAGGUGACACGUGGCUUGUCUGCACCAGGUUUUGCACUGGGAGAGAUCCUCUUGGAAUACUAAGUUAUUCAGAUCAUGGCAUUGCACAAUAAGUGAACAGCCUGCAGGUCACAGUCAUUGCAAUAAUUGUUUUCCUCUUCGCCACCUUCUUGUCAGGCAAAUGCAUUUCUACAUAAGAUUUAGGACUGGGUUGUACAUUCAGAUCAGAUUAUGCAUUUUUCUUUUUAUAAUUCAAAGGAUUUGUUUUGUGUGUGUUUCCAAAGAAUUUGACUACUGGCACCUUAUUUCAAGGCUUGCUUUGGGAUCGGCCAAUAAUCCCUUUUUCCUCCUAUGUUACAUAUUGAACACCAGGUGGCGCUGUACAUACAUGAGGGUAAGACAAGUCACCAGUCCGUUCAUUGCAAAAAUACCCCUAUUGUAAGAUAAAUGGUAAAUUUAUGUAAAUGCCCUUGUUUUGAACAUUUUCUCAAGUUUAAAACUGGUUGAUAUCAAAAUGUUCAUGUGCUCCUUUUCUUGUAUGGUAGCAGGCGUUUUGAUGUGAAAUAUGUAUUUUAACUUAAAGGGACAAUACAAAGUAGAAGUACUGACGGAGAUGUGUACAAAUUCCUUGUGUAUAUUCUUGAACAGGCAGCCUUAUAGUGUAAAGGGUUAUUCCUUCUCAUUUUGUACUGUUCACUGCAGUUCGUAGUUGUCACCGGUUUUCGUGCUUAACUUUUGUUUUAUAUUAUGCUUAUGUAGCAAGAUACAAAGGAUGAUUCCUCUGCUCGCAGGGCUCACAAAUGAAUGUGUCGUGUUUGUACAAUUCAAGGCAUUGUUUCUCAGUACUGUGGAAUUUCAAAAUAUAAAUGCAAUGGAAUUGG